AGCACCGAUUUUUUACGAAGUGAAUUUUGCUUUGAUAUGUAUGGGAAUAAAUAUCUAAAACAUCCGCAGAUGGUUUAUCUCCCCGCCGUUGGUUUUAAAAAGGUUACGUGGGUGGAGAAAAUCCCCGACAAUUUUUUUUCUCCAAAGUUUUUCCUGGAGUUUGAAAGUGACGCCGGAGACAACGACGACGCCGAAGCUGGGAAGGCAGAAAAAGAAGCAUCUACUUCCAUUGUGCAGAAAUCACCUAAAAAGAAGAAAUUAUUACAAAAAAUGACAAAGCAAGUGAAGUCAGCGAUAAGAAAGGCUGCGAGGAGUCUAUCGCGAUCGAGGAAAAAGUAAAUUAGUGAAGCAACUCGACGUUUGAAAUAAUACUAACACCUGUAAAUCUAUAUCUGUAAAUUUCCUUUUAAUUUGAGACUACGUCUGCAAAAGGGUAUGUUCACUAAAGUUGCGUGGUCUGCUGGAAGCAAAGAUUAGUUGCCACCAUUCACGAUGUACUGGAAAUCUGUUGAAUUUUGUUUCUCAAAUUCCUGGUAUUUUUUUUUGCAAUCUCGGUCUUUCUUAGGAGUUUUCCAUAAACUUCCCCACUCUAUUUUUCUAGCAUACAACUCUCCAGUACUUCGCAGCUUUGGGCAAGAUUGCCUGCUGUUUUGAUCCGUUAGAUUGGAUUAAAACAUUCAUCUUUCACAUUAGAGGACUUUCGAACACUGCUUGUAGUGAUCAAUAUUUCUCUGACCAAAUUUCUUCACUUACUUGACCAACAUA